CGGGGUCCUGCCGCUCCUGGGCCCUCCCCCACGGGAGCCCAGAGGCCUUAUACAGUUUCCUCUUGGGCCAGGGAUGUGGGCAGGGGUGAGCAGUGUUGGUGGUCUCUUCCGCUCUGCAGCCUCAGGAGUGCCCACCUGACCAGGCGGUUGGCGAGACCAUUCUUAAUGAUAUUUUGGCAAACAGCAUGACUGUUUUAUCCUCUGAAUCUGCCUGAGGCUUAAUUGAAGUUUGAGACUGAUCUUAUUGGUAGAAGAGAUUUCGAGACAACUUAAUUUUCACUCUGUUGUGUGGAUGCUAAUAACCACUCUUAGGCAAAUCUACAAUGAAAAAGAACAAGUUGAACAGAAAGGAAUGCAAAAUGUUAAGUUUGAGGGAAAACAAGCACCAGGAUAUUUAAUGUUGGAGCUCAGUCCUGUGCUCAAGGAAAUGAGAAGUUUAAAGAAGACCAGAUGCUAAAUGGAAUAAAGGGAGGUGCCUUAGGGAGAUACCCCAGCCCCACCCCAGCCAGCUAAUCCUGCAACCUGUGUAAGGAAAAGGCCCAAGGGAUUUCCUCCACUUAAAAAGCAUCAAGAAGUUAAAGCUUAUGCAAAUGUAACUCAGGAAGGGACCAGGUUCCAUGCUCAGCAGAAGGCAGAACUUGGCAGUUUUGGCUACCUGGUUCUGGCUUUUUUUUUUUUUUUUUUCCGGAGCUGGGGACCGAACCCAGGGCCUUGCCCUUGCUAGGCAAGCACUCUACCACUGAGCUAAAUCCCCAACUCCCUGGUUCUGGCUUUAUUUAUCAAGAAGGGUAUGGGUGUAAAGAGUUAUGGAGUUGUCUUCUGACACUGAGGAAAGCUGCUGAGACUAGGCAUUUGGCAGGGAAGCCCUUGCAUGGAAGCUUGGAGAGACCAUUGCAUGAUGCUGCCUAAGUGAAGCCUGGGUUGCGUUGGAAACACCGAGAUAUGGGAGCUGCCAGAGACUUGGCUUGUCUGAGACCCGUGUACAGAGAAUGGUACCAGACCAAGAGAGACAAGUGUGUGGCAGUUGGUCAACAAAGCCGGAAGGAGUGGGAGAUCUAAAGUGUCCUUUGACAUUGGGCAUGGGGUUUCAGGAUUUGGAGUUUGUGCUGCUGGUUUUGGUCUUACUUUAGUCCAGUAUUUCCUCACUAUGCUCCUUUCAUUCCGUUUUGGAAUAGUAAUGUAUUUUCUGUGCCACGGUAGAAGCAUCAAUUUGCUUUUGGCUUUUGAUUUUACUGGGCAUUACAAUGAAAAGAUUGCCUUGAAUCCCAGAAGAGACUUUGGACUUAGGACUUGUAAACUUUGUUGAGACCAAAAGAUUAUAAGGAGUUUUGAAAUUGAAUUAAAUAGAUUUUGCAUUAUGAUGUGGCUACAAGGCUGUGGAGGUCAGGGAGUAGAGUGGUUUGAAUGAGGAUGGCCCCCAUGGGCUCCUAUUUUUGAAGGUUUGAUUUCCAGUUGAUGGGACUGUUUAAGAAUUAUUAGGGGGCGUAUCCUUAUUGAAGGAGUUAUGUCACUAAGGAUGGGUUUUAAAGCUUCAGAAAUCCAUGGCAGGCCAAGUCUCACCCUCUCUGUUUCCUGCUUGUGGAUCAGGUAUGAGCUCUUAUCUACUGCUCCAGCACCGUGCCUGCCUGGCAUGAUGCUCCCUGACAUGUUAAUGGACUAACCUCCCCCCCCCUUUUUUUUUUAAAGAUUUACUUAUUUAUUAUAUAUGAGUACACUGUAGCUGUCUUCAGAAGAGGGCAUCAAAUCUCAUUACAGACGGUUAUGAGCCACCAUGUGGUUGCUGGGAUUUGAACUCGGGACCUCUGGAAGGGCAGUCAGUGCUCUUAACCACUGAGCCAUCUCUCCAGCCCAGUGGCCUAACUUUGGAAACUGUAAGCAAGCCCCAAUUAAAUGACUUCUUUUCUAAGUUGCCUUGUUUGUGGUAUCCCUUCACAGCAAUAGAGCAGUUAUUCCAAAAAUCUUCUGAAGGUUCACAGUUUUAAUAGUGAUGAGUAAAAAAGUCCAAUUUCCCGGGAGAGAAGAAAGAAAAGAAGAAGAAAUCUCCAGAACAUAGAAUGGAAAAGAAAAUCAGAAAAAGUGCCAGGUGACCCGCUCAAUCAAGCUGGCCUGAUAUUGAAAUGCUUGAAACUGUUAAAGGCCUUAAAGGAUAAAGAAUGAGAAGGUCACUGCACAGGUUCGAGUCUUUGUCAGUGACACAAACUAGAGUCAUUGUGGAGGAAGGAACCGCCACUGAGGAAAAACCUCCACCAGACUCUCUCUCUGGUAAGCAGGGCUGUGCGGAGUUUUCUUGACUGAUUGGGAGAGUCAGCGCACUAUGGGUGGUGCAGCCCAGUGGGCAGGUGGUCCUGGGAACCGUGAGAAAGAGCUGAAUGGAGAGCCAGGCAGGAGGCAGCUUUUAUCUUUGGAGCCUUAGUUCCUGCCUUGGCUUCUCUUGUGUCCUGUAAGCCAAAUAAACCCUUUCUUUUCCUGACUUGGUUUUGGCCUGUGUCUUAUCACAGCGACAGACAGAAAACUAGAAAAGUCACCAAUAUCAUAGAAGCUUUUAUCAUGCCGGAGAGAUAAUCUCCAGCAUAAUGGGACUUUGGGUUGAAGAAUCAUGAGGAACUAGCAAAAUGGAUUGAGACAGCUUUCGAAGUAGAUUGAUCUUGGCGAAACUUAAGAAUGUCAGGUGAUGAACAGAUUAAUGCUUCUAGAGAGAAGUAGCAUCAUCUGCCUCCCAUUCGCCUCUCAGUACGUUGCUCCCUUUCCUGUUGUGGGGGAGAAAAGCCUCCUAGGAUGUUAUUUUAAGCCGUUUUUUGUUUCAAGUUGGGAAGGUGAGGAAGCCAUCAUUAUUCUCAAUCUAUGGCUCUCCUCCCUACCUGUCUGUCAGGGAGCUGUCUAACUCCUAGUCCCUAACACUCAUAGAAUGACAUUAUAGACUAAGGGUAGUGUUUGUCUCCGUUGAGGUGUAGUAGAGGAGUAGGAGUGAUGGGGAUGUGUCCAUGGAAGGCCGUGUUGGUGAGAGAACUGUUAACAUCCUGGUUGUGAAACUGCCUAGUGUUAUGAGGCCCUGGGAAAGCAGGGCAAGUGGGAUCUCUGGCUUAUUUCUUUUAACUGUGUGUAAGCUUACUGUUAUCUGAAAACACAGAUUUUCACUGGAAAAAAAAAACCUCAUUUCUUCAUUCUGUGUGUAGUUGAGAUUCCAACAUCCAGAUACUAUUUAAAAACCUGGAGAGGAUAUGUUUAAGUUGGAGCUAAAGGACUCAGCAAUUGGUUUAAAAUUAAUUUACUGUGUCCGUCUAUGGAUUUGUUAAGAAUCAAUUCAUAGGAAAGCAUUGGCUGGAGUUAUUUGCAUCUUGUAUGCAUUUCUUUAGUGUUUUUGUUUCCUAAAACCUAAUAUGAAAGACAGUAAAAGGCAUGGUGGAGGGUGUUUGUUGGUUCCUCUCCCUCCAACUGUGUUUUGUGUACAUUUCUUAUCUUUGUAGUAGUGUCUUUAAAAAUUAAACCCAUUUUUGAAGUAUAAAUAGGGACAGUCUGCCCAUUUUCCUGGGUGCUGUUUCCAUCCCAACACACCAACAAGGGCACGCUCCCUGCUUUACUAGCUAAGUGAAGGUGUCAAUGGUAGUCUGUAACCAUUCCUGAAGUUGGAACAGCUUCAGUUUGGUAAAUGGUGCUGCAAAGGCUUGGUGACUGAAACAAUUUAGCCAACACCCCCCUUGGACCUGUUCUGUUUAGUGUGCAUGGAUAUCACCUCAGUGUCCUGAAAAAGAUAGUCCCAGUUCGGUAGAUACAGAUCAUGUAGGUAUUUCUAGCAAGCUUUCAUGUUGCUGUCCCUUGAAUACCCUUUAAUAGCAAGUUUCUGCAGGCUCGCUCUUUCUUGUGUGUAUUUUUGGAAGGAAGAAGUAAUAGGGAGAUGAAACGAAGAAACCUUCUGGCUUCACAUUAAAGAACUCUCCUCAAUGCAUAUACAUAUAUACACACAAUGAUGGUGAAAAAUAGGCCACGAAGUUGAAGGAGAACAUGGAGGGGUAAAUGGGGAAAUUUGGAGGGAAGAAAUGUAACUGUACUAAAAUCUCAAAAAUAAAGUUAAAAGUAUCUGUCAUUAUAGUUUAGUAUAUUAAGACUUGUAAACUCUAAGAUGUCUUUGUAAGCCUCAAAGUAGCUUUUAAAAAUGACAAUUAAGGGCUGGAGAGAUGGCUCAGUGGUUAAGAGCACUGACUGCUCUUCCAAAGGUCCUGAGUUCAAAUCCCAGCAACCACAUGGUGGCUCACAACCAUCUGUAAUGAGAUCUGAUGCCCUCUUCUGGUGUGUCUGAAGACAGCUACAAUGUAUUUAAUAAAUAAAUAAACCUUUAAAAAAGAGUCAUUUAAAAAUGACAAUUAAAACAAUUAGAGUUGGGUUGGGGAUUUAGCUCAGUGGUAGAGCGCUUGCCUAGCAAGUGCAAGGCCCUGGGUUCGGUCCCCAGCUCCGAAAAAAAGAAAAAAAAAACAGAGUUUUUUGUUAUGUAGGCCUGGCUAAGACAAGGAUUUUGAAAAAACCUAUUUAUUUGCUUUUAAAGAGGGAGUAGUAGCCAAAAUAUACUUAAAAUAGUUAAAAUGCUUUGGUGUGUACAUUUACAUACAUAUACUUAUGUACAUACAUAUAUAAUGUAUAAAAUUGUUUUUCCUUGAGAUACUAAACUCCUUAUUCCAAAGGAGAUAUAUAUAUAUGAACAUAUCAAGAAGCACACACACAUACACACACACAUAUAUGGAUAUAAGAAUAAUCCAUAUCCUGAAAUAAAAGUAAUUAUCUCUUAAAAAUUUAUGUCCUCUGAUGCCCUGGGGAGGGUGGUGUCCAGGGGUCACCCUCUCAGUGGUGAAGCAGGGAAGAACUCUGUGAGGGGGGAACGAGAGGGGAGCAACAUUUGGGCUGUAAAUAAAUAAAAUAAUAAAAAAAGCCUUAUACCCUCAAGCAAUAAGUAGCAUGUUUAUUUUUAAUAAGCUAAGAUUUGAACAUUUAAAGAAGAGAGGUGGGUGCAAUGCUAAGAGACAGAAAAACAGAGAUAGCUGUUGCUAGCCAUGAAGUCCCCCCACCCCAAGAGCGUCAGCAACCUGUUCUGCAGGACAUAGAACCUGGCGAGUACGCUGAAGUCACUGAAAGCCAGAGGAGCCAUUGGACGCUGGUGGGUAGACAGUUCCCUCACCCAACCCUAGCCCUCCCAACAGCUGCCCCCAUGAAAGCACCAGGAUUGGGCACCUUCUAGGGUUCAUGCUCUAGUGUGGCUUACUCCAGGGUAUGCAUUCUUCCCCCUGGACAGUUGUUCUUCCUUGAGAUAGUAAAUUCCUUAUUCCAAAGGAUAACAUAUCUUUGCUUGUAUGAUCUCUGUCUUGGUAUUUUUUUUCUAUCACCUUUCCCAGAGACACCUUCACCACUGAGCGAAGAAGAACAUUUAACCUGUCUCUGUAGUCUCAGGUACUCUGAAGAUGUUCAUCAGAUUGUCAUGAAGCCGGGUCAUUCUUCCUCACCUCACAGCUUACCCCGUCUUUAAUGACAUUGUAGCAAAGUGGGAAGGGAACCAUAGUUGUCAGAAUCUGUUAGGGAGAUGGUUCUGUUCCUGUACUAACCUCAGUGGCAGCUGGAUCACUCAGCUAUAUAAGGGGUUCUCAUAGACUUAGGUCUUUUGCAUGUUUGUAUUGAGAUAGUCUUGCUGGGUAGCCUGUGUUGGCAUGGAAUUUAUUAGAUAUCCCAGGUUGGCCUCAUACUCAAGUCGAUACUCCUGCCUCCGGCUCUAGAGUGCUAGGAUUUUAAGCCUGAGUUUCUACCCUCUGUUUUGAGUUUCCACUCUCAAUUUUAGACUCGGGGCCUUCUAUCUUUCUUUCAGUGAACAUAUAUGUAUGUGUGUGUGCACAUGUGUGUUUAUGUGUCCAAGUGCACAUACAAGUGAAUGCAGGUAGAGGCCAUCAGUUGACAUCAGGUGUCUUUCUCUAUCACCCUCCACUGUCAGUUUGAGAAUGAUCUCUUUAUUGAACCCAGAUCUCACUAAUUCAGCUAGACUUGCUGACCAGCGAGCCUGGGGUAUCCUCCUGUCUUCAUCUCUCAAACUUUGAGACGACCUGUGUGUGGCACCAAGCUCCACUUCUGUGUGGGUGACUGCUGGGGCCUCAAACUCAGGUCCCCAUGCUUAGCAGGAACGUUUUCAUCUGAGACAUCACCUAAGCCCUAGACUCUGGCUUUACUAAGUUAUAAUUUGGAGGCCUCAUUUUAAUGCUCUCUUUUAAAUACGUUGAAUAUAUUUAUGGAGAUUCAAAGCAAUUAUUUCUCUUUUCUUCUAAGAGUAAUCAAAGCAUAAUAUAAUUUAUGAAAUAGAAAAUAGAAAAGCACCGUGUGCAUAUAUGUGUUUGUGUAUGUGUCCAAGUGCACAUGCAAGUGAAUGCAUGUAGAGGCCAUAAGUUGACAUUGGGUGUCUGUUAACAUUCACAUUUGACAUCUGGGUAAUCACCCUCACCCCCUUUUCACAACUGAAAUAGUUGUGGUACGCAUGCAGUGUUAGUGCCCAUUCAAAGAGCAUCACAUUGUAAGCAUUCCUCUGUGUAUUGCAGGUCUGUGGCUUCAAGCUACUUGAUUACGUCUUACUGAGUUAAUAAGGUGCCUAAGCAUUGGCUGUUUAGGUUGAAAUAUCCCUGAUAUGUGGCCAAGUUUGCAAUCUGCGUAGCUAAGUGGGAAGCAGAAAUAGUUGAUUAGGAAAAGAAAAUAUUCUUUCUACUUGCAAGUAUUCCUUGGUAAGUUUAUUGUUAUGUCUAUAUCUUGAAAAUGUGUGAAAGAUUUCUGAUACUCAAAGAACUUCAUACUGGAGUAGUAUUUUACCGGUAGGUAAUUAUACUUACAGAAUACAUUUAAGGAAAUCCAAAUUGCUGGAUUUAAAAAAAAAUGUUGUUGACUGGCUUGCUCCCCAUGGCUUGGUCAGUUUCCUAUCUUAAACUCUCCAGGAUGACCUGCCCUCCUCAGUCGAGGUUCCAUUUUCUGAGGUAAACGUAGGUUUGUGUCCAUUUAACAGAAGCUAACCAGUACAAUGACUGCUCACCAAGUGCAGUCACGCAGAAGUACAGACUGGACCAUGGUGAUGGAAUGAAAGAAGGGUCUGGCUCGUGCAGAGAUCAGGGCCUUCUGUGGGCCCUGCACUCCUACCUUCAUGCUCGGCAUAGAUACACACAUAGACACCCAAGGCUAGAACUCAAGAACUUGGUUUGGGCCAUAGAAACACUCCUGUGUUUACAUGACCAGGAGAGAAAAUGAAAAAGAGGAGAUGAGAAGUAACAAACAAAGUAAGAAGAGUGCUUAUUCUUCCUUAGGUGUACGAAAACAAAGCUUUUCACCUUUGUUACACAUGGAUUUUUGGGUGACGUUAUGGUCUCAUUGUCGAUUGUUUCCAUCAAAAUGCAUGCUAAGGGUUGAUCCCUAGCACAGCACUGUUGGCGAGUGGUGGGACUUUUGUAUUCAGGGGAUCUACUGCCUUGUGGAAGUGAGUUUUCACUUUGUAGACUGAACUGGUGACCAUGACAAUUGGUUGCCCAGGGCAGGGCUGCCUGCCUGUGUGGGUAGUCUAGUCUAGAGUCCAGCACUCAGGGAAGGAAGUGAAAAAGAACUACCAUUUCCAUGCAGGGUUGGCAUUUUUUGAUCCCAGCGGCAGCCUGGACACUUCCUUUUCCCAGCUUGGUACUAGGGGGUUCAGCUGUGCCACAGCCUGCAGCUACUUGAGUAGAAAUGUGUGCUUGCCUCUGAUUGCACACUGGGAGGAAACGUCGGCCUGAUGAGAGCUUCCAGCGUCUUAGCUUUCAAUCCCUUGUUUUCAGUCUCACCUGAGCUUUCCGAAGUCCUCACUGGUCAGACUCUUUCUGGAGGUCUGCGCAUAUUUUACUUUCUUCAAAUCAAACUUUUCUGGGAGUUUGGAGAUGAACUGCUUCUCUCUCCUGCUUUGUGAGGCAAACAGAUUCUUGUGGAAGAUGGAGCUGUGUCCAUUUUCCAGAAUGUGCAUCCGAGCCCAUCAGUGGAACCUGACCUGACAGCACUGUAUGGAAAUGCCCGAAGAGGACCCACAUUUCUGCCUGAACCUGCCACCCUCCUAAAAACAUGGUUGUCUCCGGAGUGUUGACUGCUCCGGCAGUGUUGACUACACCCCAUACUGGGACAUCCAACAUGACAUUUGUAGUCUAUGAAAACUCCCCCAUGAAUAUUACGGCCCCUCUACCAUUUCAGCAUCCUAGCCCUGGUCCACUGCUUAGAUACAGUCUUGAAACCAUGACUAGCACUGGAUUUAGUUCCUUGGCAGUGAACAGCACAGUGGUGACUCCAGCACCAGCAGUUUUUAAGAGCCUAAACUUAGCUCUCCAGAUCAUUCUCUCGGCUAUCAUGAUAUUUAUUCUGUUUGUGUCUUUUCUUGGAAAUUUGGUUGUUUGCCUCAUGGUUUACCAAAAGGCCGCCAUGCGCUCUGCAAUUAACAUCCUUCUCGCCAGCAUGGCUUUUGCAGACAUGCUGCUUGCUGUAUUGAACAUGCCCUUUGCCCUGGUCACUAUUCUUACUACCAGAUGGAUAUUUGGGAAGUUCUUCUGCCGGUUGUCUGCUAUGUUUUUCUGGUUGUUUGUGAUAGAGGGUGUGGCCAUCCUGCUCAUUAUUAGUAUUGAUAGGUUCCUGAUUAUUGUUCAGAGGCAAGAUAAGCUAAAUCCAUACAGGGCUAAGGUUCUCAUUGCAGUCUCCUGGGCAACUGCUUUUUCUGUAGCUUUUCCUCUGGCUGUGGGAAACCCUGAUCUGCAGAUACCUUCCAGAGCCCCACAGUGUGUAUUUGGGUAUACAACCAACUCCGGCUAUCAGGCUUAUGUGAUUUUGAUUUCACUAAUUUCCUUCUUUAUACCUUUCCUGGUGAUACUCUAUUCAUUUAUGGGCAUCCUCAACACCCUUCGGCACAAUGCCUUGAGGAUUCAUAGCUACCCGGAAGGGAUAUGCCUCAGCCAGGUCAGCAAACUUGGUCUCAUGAGUCUACAGAGACCCUUCCAAAUGAGCAUCGACAUGAGUUUUAAAACACGUGCCUUCACCACCAUUUUGAUCCUCUUUGCCGUCUUCAUUGUCUGCUGGGCCCCAUUCACCACCUACAGCCUUGUGGCUACCUUCAGUAAGCACUUUUACUAUCAGCACAACUUCUUUGAGAUUAGCACCUGGCUACUCUGGCUCUGCUACCUCAAGUCUGCAUUGAACCCACUGAUAUACUACUGGAGGAUUAAGAAGUUUCACGAUGCCUGCUUGGACAUGAUGCCCAAGUCCUUCAAGUUCUUGCCACGGCUCCCUGGUCACACAAGGCGACGGAUUCGCCCUAGUGCGGUCUAUGUGUGUGGGGAGCAUCGGACGGUGUUGUGAAUACCUGAACUCUUGAGACCUAUCUAAUGAUGAUGGUUUUUGAUUGACUGGGAUUUUUUUCAUAUGGCUUCUAAAGUUUUAUUGGUUUUAAUAGUAUGUGUGCGUGUGUGGGGGCAUGUAAACGGAAUGGUAAAUACUUUGCUCCUCAAACCAAGGUAAUACUGUAAGAAAGUGGUCACAUAUGUUUACCUCUAGGUUAAGAAAAUUUUAGCGCACGCGUGCGCGCGCGCGUGUGUGUGUGUAUGUGUGUGUGUGUGUGUGUGUGUGUGUGUGUGUGUGUGUUGGGGGUGGAUUUUGUUAGUUCAGUUGACUGGUUUUAUUUUUGUAGCAUGAAUCAGGAUUGUGCUUCAUUGAACUUGCAGUUAACUUGAAUUGUAGGUGGUUUUUAUGCUGCUGAGGUAAGCUUGGUUGAGGUAAUCAGUUCCUUUUCCUCUCCCACAAGCCACAGCGGCUGCUCCUUGCCAUGUACUGGAGUCAAAUCCCUCUGCAUCUCAGUUGGUAGCUAUUUAGUUGUAUUUAAAAACAAAACCCGAGGAGGUUAGUGACGUUUUAAAGGUUAUUACACUUUACUUUGGAGCACUUUACGAGACAAUGUACAGACUCAUUCGUUGUAUUUCUUAGACUUGCUUUUACACAUGACAUGCUGUGCUGUGGGAGAUCUGCGCUUAUGAUGUCUAGAUAGACAGCUUCCAUUAAAAGUGUUUUAGCUGCAUGUACAGUUUUAAAGGGAACAUAAACACAUAGGGAUUUUCCUAAGCACAACGGUGAGUUUUCAGAGCACCCAGGAAACAUUGAGGAGGCACAGCACCAUGGCAAACUUCACGGAGGAGCAGAAUGAGAGGGUGGGCUGGUCCAGCCUGUGGUCAUCCUGCUGAUUCAAACAUCGUUACCAACUUAGAGUGGGGGGACCACCACUCUGCAGUGGUGCGGUAUGCACGGAAUUGCGCAGUUUUUUCUCAUGGCUUUUUUUGUGAGGUAGGUAUCAUAUAUUUCCUCUCUAAAGGUGAAGAAGGCCAAGUUUCCGAGGGACAAAAAUCCUGCCCAGAGAUUUUGGAAUUUGGCAGAGCUGGGCUCCAGACAUCUGAGAUACAGACACAGAUCUUCCCCUGUGCCACCUAGACCCCUCACUCACCUUCAAGCUGCUAUACUCAAGGGGAACUUCACUACUUCACUUCACAUAUUCUUUUUUUGUUCUCUCUCUCUCUCUCUCUCUCUCUCUCUCUCUCUUUCUCUUUUCCUUUCUGAGACAUCAUUUCAUGAAGCUCAAGUAGGCCUUGAAGUUGCUAUAUGUCUGGGAAAGACAUGGAGUUUCUAAAAGAAACAAACAGCAGACCCAGCCUUUCAAAUGGAACUCAAAAAUAUGACGAUGAAUAUGAAUUUGAAUUUAUAAGGCAAGUGACUUACAGUUACUGAGUGCUCAAUACAGCUGAAUGGGGGGUCUUACCCCAGCAGCUUUGGAAGUUCCUAGCAAUUCAGCUGAUCAGUAGUAGGGCCUUUUGCCUCAGGGCUUGCCUCAGCAGAGUAAGUUGUGAACAAACUCAGGUAAGUCUUCCACAGUGAAGAGACGAUAAACCCUGGUCUGAGCUUAGAUUAACUGUGAUAGAUCAGGCUUUGGAUUUCUCAUUCUUUUUCUUUAGUUGUCUGCCAGUGCUGGUGCAUCCAGAACCUUCAUCAGCUUCUCAGUUACCCAUGGUACAGACAGAACAGCCAGCAGGAGCGGAACUGCAGACUGAAGGCAAGAGGCCUUCUGACUGUCCUGGGCUAAGGCAGUAUCUUAACUCAGUUGGACAGCACCUUUUCGGAAUUUUACUGCUUUCUGAGCCACUGGGAAAAACAAGCCUGGGUUCCUUCAAUUACAGAAACCCAAGUUAGUUUGCAAGAAUUGCUAAGGUUUUACCCAACCCUGAGGUUUUUUUAUUGUCUGUCCUUGUUGCCCCUCCCACUCUCCCAUAUACAAGUAUAGUUGGAAGAGCCCAGCCAACGGCAUAACUAUUGUCUGGUCUCCAGUAUUACUUUACAUUUGCUUUGUUAGCUCUUUUCUUAAAAUGGGUGUCUGAUGCUCUCUGGCUUCGUGAUCAGGAAUUGGGAUGUUGGAAAUUUGUUUGCAACACCAAACACCUGGGAAAUCCUGAUUUUGAUGCCAUUUGAGGCAAUUGCAAUGGUGUUGUAAUUCACCAGCUGCUUAAAUAGCUUUAGGGACUAGUGAACACUAUUUGCCACAUUAUGUUAAGGUCACUGCAUAUGUUAGCCACCUACCUCUUUGAUUUCUAAUUUAUAUUUAGCAAAGGUAAAUAUGUCUUUGUCCGUUAGGAUAUUAGUAGAUAUUAGCAGUACAUUGAAAUGCAUUUUGUUUUCCAUUGCCAAUGUAAACUGAAUUUUAAAGGCCGAUAUUAAUACAGAUGUUGAAAGUUCAACUUUCAGGAAAGACAGCGUUGUGAAUAUCGAUGCAUACUGGUAGCUUUUGAGUCUUCUUUUGUGACUCUAGUUGAACUUGGUUUCACAUCUGUGUUCUUGCUUAUGUGCAGUUGAAGGUACUGUCUUCUGGUUCAUAGGCAGCUACACUUGGGGAGUGCUCUGGGAAGACUGCAGAGCCAACAUGAACAGCCAUGGGGGAGGGGACAUUGAAUCGUAGCUCUCUUUACACUGGAUAAUCUGGUCAGACUACAGUUUACACAUCACUUUAACUAUUUUAAUUAUAUAUACAUUUUGAAAGUUUUAGGAAAAAACACUAUGGUGCAACAUUAAGGAAUUUAGGUAUAAAAUUGCACAUUGCCUAUUAUUCUGUCAUUUCUUGAUGGGGAAAACACCACUACUAACCACUGCUGACUGACAUAAUCAGAAAAGUUUUCCUUCUAGCUAAUAGGAUACAUGAAAGAGAUAAGAAAAUAUUUGUUGUUGUUAAAAAACAAAAAAGAGUGAAGAGAAAUUUCAAAUAGUUUGCAGCAGUAAUAUUUAAAUUUAAUACAUGUUUGAAUAUCCUCAGGAAGGCUAACAAUACAAAUUCCUGGGCCCCUGGGUCAAUGGUUGGAUGCAGGAAUGUUUAUUUCUGUUGAGUAUUUUGCCUGAUUCUGGUUCAGAUGGUCCCCAGAGCACAGUUACAAGAAACACUCCUGUAGAAAAUAAGAAUAUCAUUUAAACACUGUUUGCGUUAUCUUAAAGUAGUUGUGUGUUAGGAGCCAAUGGUGAUACACAAUGAAAGGAAGUCUCCAUGAUGGGUGCCUUCUGGUUGGUUUGUAUGCUGGUGCAGAUUUGGCCAGCACCAGCUUUACUUUCUUUUCACUGGUGAAGUCUGAUGAACCAUGUGGUUUCACAGUAGGGGUCAACGAAUGACUCACUAAUUGUAAGUCAUGACUUCCACAAGGCUAAUUAGUAUAGUAUUUUUUCCUGCAGAUGUCUCUAUAGGGCAUCUCUUCAUUAUAUGUAAUUUCCUGGGGAGAGAGGGGGAAAUGUAAAGGCUCAUCUGAUUCCUAAUUCUCUGCUCAGACCAGUUGUUCAGCUGAAGCAUGAAGUGAAAUAAGAUAAUCUUUAAAUCUUCGUACUUUUGUUGGUGACAGAGAUAUUUAAUUUCUUUGAUCUUUGCUUUGUUUACAUGAGAAUGUAUAGGUAUAGAUCACAAACAUUUCCACCUGCUUGCUAUUUUAUUCUGUCAUGAUUUUUAUUUGACUUCAAAUUACUAAUAGUUUCAAAUUUAUUUCCAUAACCAUAAUUUUGAGGAACUGAACUUCAACUCCAUUGAAGACACAACUUUUAUAAUAAUAAAAAUAUCAAAGCACAUGUUUGUUAUCGCAAAUAAAUGUUAGUACACUUCUUAGCUAUCUAUAGGUACUUGUCAUUUGUAAUUAAAAUUAAUUUAUUUUAAAAUGGCACCUAGCCUUUAAAUGAAUGAAAAGCUUUUAAUUUGAGGUUGUAACAUUUAAAUAUCAAAAGUAUGUUUAUUUGUUAAUAUUCUUAUUACAACCAAGAAAAGAGCUACCAAUAAGAAAAUGAAUAAAUGUUUACUAUUUCUAAA